AUGUCGAACUUCGAUCCAAACGCUAUCCUUCGCGGGGCUCAGCUUACCUUUGUAGGAGCACACCGCGCAAUGCAAAACCCAGAACUCUUCACAACGACACACUACCGUCAGGCUGCAAUAGCGGUAUGCGCCGGCCUGGCCAUCCAUAUAAUCCUCAACAUUCCCAUCUACGCCGUGAAAUUCCUCCUAUUAAUCAUCUCCGCCGUCGUCGACCUCGACCACGAAACGUGGGACGAUAGGCUCGUCAACGGGCUAGAUUUCAUAUCGAAAUCCGUGCUCCAGAUCCCUUUCUUCCUCAUGACCGUCAUGAGCUCCGUGACACCCACUCUGGACGAUCUUUUCAUGGACUCCUUGGCAUGGGUUGACCAAACGUACGUGCAGAAACACAAGUCCGACGACCCCGCCACUCUGCGAGCUCUGUACUACCCAACGCUGAAGAUGUACUUGACGCACGAUGAGAGGGAGAAGAAGGAGAAGCGGAGCCUCGUCGACCGCCUCAUCCUUUUCACUGCGAAAUACGCCCGACGAGCGGCGAUUUCGCUUACCAUCUACGCCUUGACGUUCGUGCCCGUCGUCGGUCCGUUUGUCCUUCCCGCCGCUUCCUUCUAUACAUUCAACAGAGCUGUUGGACCCGUCCCGGCCGGCAUCGUUUUCGCAUGUGGCCUUGUCGUGCCCAAACACUACAUGGUGUCCUUUCUACAAACCUACUUCUCCAGCCGGAGCCUCAUGUCGCGUCUCCUCGAACCAUAUUUCAAGCGUAUCCGAUUCACAAAGCAACAGAAGAAGAUCUGGUUCAUCGACCGAAGUGGCGUCUUGUUCGGCUUCAGUGUCGCCUUUGCAAUCGUGGUCAAGAUCCCUUUACUCGGUGUACUGAUGUACGGCAUCGCCGAGGCGAGCACCGCGUAUUUGAUCACGAAAAUCACAGAGCCGCCGCCUCCCCCCGCUGGCGACAAUAAGGAGUUCAUCGAGAGUGAGGUCCGAUGGAAGAAUAAACAUCUAUUCCUCAAUUUGCCGCUUGAUAAGCUUGACGAGUUUAAUGCCCGUAUGACGGGUGCCGAGAAGCUGCCUGCGAUUGCGAGCACUGCUGAGAUUCCAAGACGGAAGUUCACCUGA